AUGUCCGUCAACUUUCGAGACCGGGCUAUCGCCGAGGUCCAGAAGGCUAUUGCCGCGGACAACGACAAGGAAUAUCAAAAGGCCUUCGAUCUCUACAUGUCAUCGAUGGAGCUGUGGGUCAAGGCCUUGAAGUGGGAGAAGAACAAGGCGAUCAAGGCCACCAUGCAGGAGAAGAUGGCCACUUACUUGGACCGCGCCGAAAAGCUGAAGCAGUUCUUACAAUCCGAGAACGAGAGCAGCACGAACGGCGGCAAGACUCCUAUGGGGGCCAAUGGAUCUAGCGCGGGAGGCAAAGCUAAGCCAUCGGCAGAGGACGAAGACAGCAAGAAGCUUCGCAAUGCGCUGUCAGGUGCCAUUCUUCAAGAGCGGCCAAACGUGAGGUGGGAGGAUAUUGCUGGAUUGGAGGGUGCCAAAGAGACGCUGAAGGAGGCCGUCGUGCUGCCUAUCAAGUUCCCGACGCUAUUUCAAGGCAAGAGACAAGCAUGGAAAGGUAUCUUGUUAUACGGCCCUCCAGGAACCGGAAAGAGUUACUUGGCCAAAGCUGUCGCAACUGAGGCAAACAGUACUUUCUUCAGCAUCAGCAGUUCUGACCUGGUGAGCAAAUGGAUGGGUGAGAGUGAAAGGCUCGUGAAGCUCUUAUUCUCCAUGGCGAGAGAGAACAAACCUUCCGUCAUCUUCAUUGACGAGAUUGAUGCUCUCUGUGGUCCCAGAGGCGAAGGUGAAUCUGAAGCUUCUCGACGAAUCAAGACCGAAAUCCUAGUGCAGAUGGACGGUGUCGGCAAUGACAGCAAAGGAAUUCUUGUUCUGGGAGCGACCAACAUUCCCUGGCAACUAGAUGCUGCUAUUCGUCGGCGUUUCCAGAGACGUGUCCAUAUUGGACUGCCCGACAUUAACGGGCGCGCAAGGAUGUUCAAGCUUGCUAUUGGAGAUACAGACACUGCUUUGGAGCCUAGCGACUACAACACUCUGGCAACUUUAUCAGAGGGCUUCUCAGGAAGCGAUAUCAGCAACGUUGUCCAACAUGCUCUGAUGAGACCGGUCCGAAAAAUUCUACAAGCAACACAUUUCAAGCCAGUUAUGAAAAAUGGCAACCGGAUGUUGACCCCUUGUUCUCCUGGAGAUGACGAGAAGAUUGAGAUGACGUACGACGACGUAAAGCCGGAGGAACUGCUGGCUCCAGAUGUAGCACUCGCAGAUUUCGAGAUUGCCUUGGCCGAUUCACAUCCGACAGUGUCCAAAGACGACAUUGAGAAGCAGAUUGAUUGGACUAAUGAAUUUGGAAGCGAGGGAGCUUAG